CUGCCCCUGAGAUUGUGCAGCUCUGAGCGUGUCCUGCAAUAGGAAGGGUGCCGGGUCCCAGCCUGAGAGUGCAUGUUCUCAGUCGCUACCCUGGACGCCACGGCCUGUGACUGUGCUGGGGACCUUAGAAUUAGGUUCUAGGUGCUCCGUGGGCAACGCUCUGUGUCUUUUCUUCCACAGAUGCCAAAGGGACAGAAGUUUGAGGGCCGGCAUGCUGAGGGACACUGGUGCCACUUUCCAGUGACACUAAAAUAUGGGAUCACAAUGGUCCAGAGAGCUCUUGGACACUUACCUAAGCGUCUCUUGAAAACUGCAUAGGAUUACGAUUGAGAAAAAACAGCAACAACCCACUGGCCCUCAAAAUAUCGUGAGGCAGAGACAUUUCUCUUGUGGUUUUGGAAAACGUCUACCUCGUUGCCAUGGUUACACAAAAGCUGGUUUAAAAUGGCUCCUAUGUUGGCAUCUGGGCCAGGGCCUAACCAUCCGUCUCCACCAUUUUCUCUACUGCCUACCUUUUCCUCUCCUCCAAGAAGACCGUAGGCACCCGGCAUGGCUUCUGGGUGUAGUCACUGUGCCAAGCUUAAGGCUGGGCCAGUCCCACGAACUGCUCCUGCCUCCACUGGCUCACUCUACCGAGUCUGGACUUGCCACAUAUAUGCUGCUGCCUGGGCUCCCUUCAGCUUCUCGCCGGCUUCUCACUGGCUGUCAUUGCCUUUCCUUGCUUGGAGAGUUCUGCCAAGGAUUUAUCUUCAGAAGACAAGCAGAUGAAGAGAUAAAACCGACUGGUGUGGGGACCCAAGCAGGAACCCCCCUCUUGCACCGGCGACUCAAGUGGGAAGAAGACUAUGACAGCCCUGAUGCCAAGAAAUGCUACCCUACUCAGCUUUCUGCAGAAGAAGAAGAAAUGCUGAUGAAGCCUUGCUACAGGACGUGGGAAGGGAAUGACAGCCAGCGAGUCUCUUUAGACUCCACUUACGCUCCAGACUCCUCUUGACUUCUGACCCUGCCUGUGAAUGAGUGGCUGUGGAUCAUCAGGUCGCUGCUUUCCUGUCUGGCAUCACUAAUCUUGUAUGAACAGCAGUAACUACAGAAAGCAUUCAUUGAGAUCCAUGCUUCCUACUGUAUUGCGGCUGAUACUGGGACAACCACCACAGCAGCAGCAAACAUUACCUCGCUGUUACAUAUUUGUUUAUUCAGUCACUUCAUCAUUCACUCAAUCAGCAAUACUGUUGAAUGUGUCUGGAACUCCUCUCCCAGAUAUUGGCGACAGAGAGGAGCAAAAGGAUUGGGUGCUUUCCCUCAGUUAACUUAAGAGUCUCCUGGAGGACGUAUAUUAUAACAUGCCCUUGGCGGGAUAGAGUUCUCUUCCUCCUUUGUUCCUUUAUUUCCUUCCUCUCCUCAUUCCGUUGCAAGUGGAAAAUUUCAGCAUAAUAACAAAUGGAAGUUAUGCCAUGAGUGGGAUUCAUGUUCCCAUGGUAGGGGUGGGUGUGCUUAGUAGUUAUUUCAAGUUGAAGAAUGACAGCAUCCACUACCCUCCCAGGAAGAAGAACCUUCAGGGAAUGAGUUUCCUCACCGGACCACGAGGAACAGCAGCAGGAUGGAGCUGCAUCAUGCAUGGACAGGGAGGUAGAAGAGAAGAGAAGAGCUCCAAGGGUUAGAAGGAUUCUUAGACUCCCAUAUCUGGCUGACUUUCUAAAGACCAAAGAUGUAAAAAGGACAAGUAAUGAUCUGCACUACUUGCAAGACCAUGCAAAUUCUCUUCUAGAACUUGAGCACUUCUGUGACCCACCAGGAGCACAUUUGUCUUGUUUUCUUGUAACAGGCUCUACCUACCACAGGACAUGACGCAGGGUUACACACCAUUUCGCUAAGUAUCCCAUUGGGGUGAAAGUUUGUAAGUAGCUCAUUCUUAAUCUGAUUUUACUUUGAUUGCCACGUAGUUUAGUGUAGUGCUUGCUUAAGAAGCUGACGAAGAAAAAUGAAAGUAAAAUCAGAUUAAGAAUCAUCAGGGUUUCUGGGUUUGGUGGCUCAUGCCUGCAAUCUCAGCUCUUUAGGAGGCCGAGACGGGAGGAUCAAUUGAGGCUUUGAGUUCGAGACCAGUCUGAACAACAUGACAAGACCCUGUUUCUACAAAAAAAUUAAAAAAUUAGCUGGGUGUGGUGGCACAGGCCUAUGGUCCCAGCUACCUGGGAGGGUGAGGUUGGGGGAACACUUGAGCCUCAGAGGCCAAGGCUGCAGUGAGCCAUGAUCACAUCACUGAACUCCAGCCUGAGUGACAGUGAGAUUCUGUCUAAAAAUAGAUAAAUAAAAUUUAAGAAGAUAAAGAAUCAUUAGGGCACUUAUGGUAGUUAUCAGAAGGCAAACCAUUCUACAUUGGAUUUGGUUUAGCUGUUUACAAUACAAAACACAAACUAACAGUGGCCUAAACAUAGACAGGCAACCCUCAGGAAAAGCUGCCUAGAGCUGGGCAGUUAGGUGCUGGUAUUUUGGUUCCUUGCUAUCCACGGGCCUAGGUGCCUACUGUCUUUAUGCUCUUCCUUUCUAGAGCUAGUCUCCAAAUUUAAGGUCACCUCAUGUUCCAAGACAGCUGCUGGCAUGCCAGCCUUCAAGCACAGGGCCAAAAGAAGAAGGAAUGAAGCAUUUGAGGCAAUCAAAAGCACAGGAAUCAUACAAUUGUGUGGAAUGUAUAUAUUUUUUGCAUCCGAUUUUAUUUAUUAAAUUUCAAUGCUGUCUGUCCUUUCAGGGACUGGUCCUUAGCUCCUCUAUUCUUCUUAUAAGAAUGGAGAUGGGGAUGCUACUACUUCAAGAUCCACACCUUUCUCCAAUCCCUUUAUUUUCAUUAACGAAUAAGCUUAUUCAUCAAAUGUCUACUAAGCACCUAUUUAUCAUAGGCCCUUGGCUAGUCAACGGAAACAUAAGGAUGAAAAAAAAAUCCCUGCUGGCCCCAGACGAUGGCUUACACCUGUAAUCCCAGCACUUUGGGAUGACAAGGCAGGUGGAUCACCUGAGGUCAGGAAUUCGACAAGCCUGACAACAUGGUGAAACUCCAUCUCUACCAAAAAUACAAAAAUUAGCCAGGCUUGGUGGCACAUGCCUCUGAUCCCAGCUACUUGGGAGGCUGAGGCAAGAGAAUUGCUUGAACCCAAGAGGCAGAAGUUGCAGUGAGCCAAGAUCAUGCCACUACACGUCAGCCUGGGUGACAGAGUGAGACUCCAUCCCCCCCCCCAAAAAAAAUCCCUGCCAUCAGAUACUUUCUGUCUAGUUACAAAGAGGUUGUGAGCACAGUGACCCCACUUUUAUAAGUGUCACCAGAGGGGAGAGGGCACAGGCAAGAAAAGCCUCAAAGGGAGUGCAGCCAGGCUUUUCUGAAGUACGAGAAGCCUUCCCAGAAGACUUGGUAUAGGUAGAAGACUGUUUAGAAACUCUUGAUUGUCAAGGGGAUGUACAUAUUUCAGACAGAGCAAUAGUACCUAUGGGGCAGCAAUAAAUGAAAUAGCCAAUAGUCUGGGAUGAAUGUGGUGGUGGAGAGGAUGCUGCUAACAGACCUCUGGGCCAGGCAUGGUGGCUCAUGCCUAUAAUCCCAGCACUUUGGGAGACUGAUCUGGGAGGAUUGCUUGAGCUCAGGAGUUCGAGACCAGCCUGGUUAGCAUAGUGAGACCUUGUCUCUACCAAAAAAUAAAAAUAAAAAAAUUAGCUGGACAUGAUGAAGCACACCUGUAGUCCCAGCUACUAGGGAGGCCGAGGAAGGAAAUUCCUUUCAGCCUAGGAGGUCAAGCUUGCAGUGAGCCAUGAUCACACCACUGAACUCCAGCCUGGGUGAGUUCAGUGGUGUGAUUAUGACCCUGUCUCAAACAACAACAACAACAAUAAAACAAAUUAGAAAAAAGAAAACAAACAAAAACCCCAAUCCUCUGACUUCUCAGAAAAAAUAACAGCCAUGAGCAUAAGCACCCAAAGUCAUGAUGCAUCCCCAAAUAUGAUAACAUCUGUAUCCACCUUUAUUUCUUACUGUGGCAUCUCAGCUCUUCACACCCGACAGAACAGUUGACUUUACAAUAUCCUUGGGCAUCUACCUCUCCCCAGUAUCCUUGGGCAUCUACAUCUCAAUGUAACCAUUGAGAUGGUUACAUCCGUCACCAUCUCAAUUCAAGCCUGAUCCCUUUCCACCUGGUGAUUACCAAAGCCUCCUAACUCCAUUCCCACCUCUCCUGGCCUCUUCCAGCCUCAGCUCCAUUCCCACUUCUCCUGGCCUCUUCAGUAUCCUUUCCGCAGCCAAGAGAGUGAAUGUUCUGAAAUACACAUCUGCUUGUUAUAACCCUGUCUACACAGAGCACACAAUUUAGUGGAUCCCCCUGGCCCCAGGGAAAAGUUCAGACUCCUCAGAGCAGCAUUGAUGGUUCUGACUGACACCUCUGCCCACCUGCCAGCCCCCACUCUGCCACUUCCAUGCAAAGAAUCCCCCAGCCACUGACUAACUGAACCACAGUCUCAGAACAGCACCAGGGAGAGUUUCAGGACCAGGCCUGGGCAUGAGACAGACUGUUUUCAGGUUCCACUGGCUAUCCCAAGCUGCAAAGGGGGCUGGGAAAUGCAGUCUGGCUGUGGCACAAGAGGAAGAGAAAGCUGGUCUUGCUGAGCACAGCCUGUCUGCUGUGGGUCUUUUGAACUGGUCUGUGUAUUUGACAUUUGUCUUUUUCUUUUGAUUCUAUAAAUUUUAUUUGACUGUCUUGUUAAGAGAUUGCUCCUGUUUUGUUUUGUUUUUCCC